AAAAAAAACCUAAGCAAAAAAGAAAGGAAGCAACCUACCUUUUAUCAUCUGUAAUCGGAUUAUCUCUUCUUCCUCCUCUUUACAAAACAAACCCUUUCGUUUUCCCGCACUUUCUGGAGAAAAAUGAGGUGGGAAAGGGUCCGACAGCAACAAGUGGGUCUGGGUGAGUCGUCGUGUUACGGGGGCCCCGGGAAGAGGUGGGGACACACUUGUAACGCCAUUAAAGGAGGUAGCUUUCUCUACGUGUUUGGUGGCUAUGGCAAAGAUAAUUGCCAAACCAAUCAAGUCCAUGUCUUCGACUCUGCAAAGCAGAUAUGGACUCAACCAAUAAUCAGUGGAACACCUCCUCCUCCUAGGGACAGUCACACCUGUACAACUGUCGGCGACAAUCUUUUGGUGUUUGGUGGUACUGAUGGAACUAAACCUCUCAAUGAUUUGUACAUUCUUGACACUUCUUCACAUUCUUGGAAGUGCCAGAGUGUUAGAGGAGAGGGACCUGAGGCAAGAGAAGGUCAUAGCGCCACUCUCGUUGGGAAAAGGCUUUUUGUAUUUGGAGGCUGUGGGAAAUCUUCUGAUAUUAAUGACGAAAUCUAUUACAAUGACCUAUACGUACUUAAUACAGAGACUUAUGUGUGGAAACGUGCUGUUACAAUUGGGAAUCCUCCAUCUGCGAGAGAUAGCCACACUUGCUCAUCGUGGAAGAACAAAAUCGUUGUUAUUGGUGGUGAAGAUGGUCAUGACUAUUACUUGUCUGAUGUUCAUAUUCUUGAUACAGAUACAUUCGUGUGGAAGGAGCUGAGUACUUCAGGCCAGUUGUUGACACCUCGAGCUGGUCAUGUUACUGUUUCACUUGGGAGAAACUUGUAUGUGUUUGGAGGGUUUACAGAUGCUCAGAAUCUUUACGAUGAUCUCUAUGUGCUUGAUGUCGAGACAUGUGUGUGGUCAAAGGUUCUCGCCAUGGGAGAAGGACCAUCUGCUAGAUUCUCUUCUGCAGGGGCUUGUUUAGAUCCUCAUAAAGCGGGAUUUCUCAUCUUUGUUGGUGGCUGCAAUAAAAGUCUUGAGGCACUGGAUGACAUGUUCUACUUGCACACAGGACUUGGAUAUGAUGCAAGGCUUGAUCAGAGUGUAGGCAGCAUGUCUCUAAAGAAGCAACUGAAGCUGAAAUGCCAAGAACAAAGUCAUGCAAAUCCCUUAUACGAUAAUUCUCUUGUCAGAAACAAUAUGGAGCAUCAAGGAAGAGGGAACUUCGGUUUGAACACUGGCCAAUUUGAUCAAGUAAAGAUGAUGUUUCACGCCAGGGUCACCGAGACAUUCCCAGUUGGUUAUAGUAUUGAAACAAUGAUAGAUGGAAAAUUGCUUCGUGGCGUUUUGUUUUCAACUAAUAGAAAGAGGCCAGCUAUGUCGAAUGGGGAUCAGGCUAACACAUCAAAGAUACCAAGAACUUUAAGCAAGGAUCAAACUGUUGCUACUGAAGUCAAAGAUCCUCCUUCAAACGGAGUUGAGGGUGGUAUUGGUCUCAUCAACCCUCUGGAUGUUAACAUAAACACAGCGGCCGUGGCACCUCAGCUCGAUAUGGGCACUGUGAAUGCAGUAAACCCAUCUUCAGUUGCUCAAACAGAUGAAGCUUCUUUAGAAUCUAGAAAUGCCGUAUCGAUUGAUGUUGAAGCUACCAAGACCGGACCUGGAGAGACAUAGGUACAGAAAAAACAAAGAUCAGAGAUUGAGUGCGUUACAGAGGAACAAGGACAGCUAGAAGCAUCAUUUAUUUUCUUCUUCUGUACAUUAGGCUGAAGAUAGGAUGGGUUUAAUUUAGAAUCGAAGUUAGGUUCGGUGAUGAUGAGGGCAAAGCUAACUAACUCUGAGUUAGUUCUUUUUUGUUGUUGUCUUUCUUCUGCUGGAGCUCUGCAAUUUCUCUAUUUCUUUUUUUUUUCCCAAAUUAAGUUUUUUUAUUGAA